AUGACGGCGCCGAGAAACUCCUCAAGGCGAUUACGAUCGCUGCGAUAUUCGUCGGAGAAGAUGGAAGGUACCGGAAGCUGGGACGUGCUUGAAUGGACUAAACCCGAUCAAGCUUCUUGGUCAAGCUCUUUCUCAAACUUGGAUUGCUUGCUUGAAUCUGAGAGGAUCACCUUCGAGUGUUGUGGAGUUUUACUCAUAAACACCGGUGAAGCGGGGACUCUCUUACUCACAAAUUACCGUAUUCUCUUUUUGAGUGAAGGAACUAGAGAUCCUGUUCCACUUGGUACAAUUCCACUGGUGGCUAUCGAGAAGUUUAACAAAACGGUGCUGAAAGCUCAUUCAAGCAGACAUCACUCCACCCAGAAUCCACCAAAACGUCUUUUACAGGUCACUGGCAAAGAUAUGAGGAUAAUUGUCUAUGGUUUUCCCCCUGGAACCAAGCAGAGACGUUCUCUAGUUGAUGCACUGUUGAGAUGUAGCAAUACAGAGAGAGUAUGGGAUCUUUAUGCUUUUACAUGCGGGCCUUCCAAUUUUGGUAACACAAACCCAAAGGAAAGAUUGCUUAAUGAAUAUUUUCGACUUCUCGGAAAAGGUUCAUCGCGAGCGUCAAUGAAUAUGAUUGAAGAUGGUUCAUUCUCAGUUUCCAAUGACUUUUGGCGGAUAACUGACUUGAACUCCAAUUAUAACUUGUGUCCGACUUAUCCGUUUGCUUUGAUGGUUCCUAAAUCUAUUAGUGAUGAAGAGCUGACCCUAGCGUCUACCUUCCGGGCAAAAUGUCGCUUGCCCGUGAUCUCGUGGUGCCAUCCGGGAAGUGGAGCUGUGAUUGCUCGCUCUUCACAACCUUUAGUUGGUCUGAUGAUGAACAUGAGGAGUAACUUUGAUGAGAAACUUGUUGCUUCAUUCUGCACUCAGUUAUCUGGUCACAAGGGAGCACCACGGAAGCUUUACAUCGCAGAUGCAAGACCUAGGAAAAAUGCAUUAGCAAAUGGAGCAAUGGGAGGGGGCUCAGAAUCAUCUUCAAAUUAUUUGCAAUCUGAAAUUGUGUUCUUUGGGAUAGACAACAUACAUGCAAUGCGAGAGAGCUUUUCCCGCCUUAGGGAUUAUUUAGAUAUGCACGGUACAACAUCAUCCGAUGGGACGUCAUCAUUCUUGAGACAUGGUGGCUGGACUUGGGGUGGAGGUAAUCUUAGUAGUAUGUCAGCUUCAGUAUCCUUGCUUGGAGAAAGUGGUUGGUUGAGCCACAUCCAGAGCAUCUUAGCUGGUGUGGCUUGGAUUGCUGCACGUGUUGCUAUGGAGUCAGCAUCAGUUCUUGUGCACUGCAGUGAUGGAUGGGACAGAACAACUCAGCUGGUUUCUCUUGCAUGUUUAUUGCUUGAUCCAUAUUACAGAACAUUUGCUGGGUUUCAGGCUCUCAUCGAAAAGGAUUGGUUAGCAUUCGGUCAUCCAUUUUCAGAUCGUAUAGGAAUGCCUAACGUUUCUGGAUCUGGUAGUUUUGAAUUGCCAAUUCAGUCUUCUUCUGCUAGUAGUUUCCCUUCAUCUCCAGUGCGGCAAACUUCAGGAUCAGCAGCUACUCAAUCGCCUGGCUCUUCACAUGGUCUGAACAAUUAUUCUCCUAUAUUUUUACAGUGGGUUGAUUGCGUUUCACAGCUAAUGCGGAUGUAUCCUUGUGCUUUCGAGUUUUCUCCGACUUUCCUGGUAGAUUUCACGGACUGCUUGCUUUCAUGUCGUUUUGGGAACUUCUUGUGCAAUAGUGAAAAGGAGAGGCAGGAAUGUGGGAUUUCUGAUGCUAGUGGAUGCCUAUGGGCUUACUUGACUGAUUUGCGUUCCUUGGGUGGAACUUCCCAUGCACAUCGCAACCCACUUUAUGAUCCUUCAAGAUAUAAUGGCCCAUUGUUACCUCCUGCUGCAGCUCUAGCCCCAACUCUCUGGCCUCAGUUCCAUCUUCGGUGGGCGUGCCCUGUGGAACCGGAUGCUGCAGAAACCGAGGUCCAAUGUAGAGCCAUGACUGUUAAGCAUUUAGAGAUGAAAAAGGGGAAAGAAGAAGCAGAAAGAAAGGUAGAUGCUUUAUCCUCUACAGUGGAGUCACUGAACGAGGAGUUGCGGAAAGAAAGAAAUAUAAGUCGUGCAGCUAAAGAAUCAGCAAAGAGAGCUAUCAGAGAGCGCGGUGUCAUAUCGAGAGCCGUGCAAUCACUUGGCUGCAAGGUGAACUUCACAAGGAACGGAGAUUGCACAGUUGAAGUAGAAGACGGGCCACAGAGAUGUUCUCAUUCAAUUCCCCAAAAACAAACUGAUGUCUCAGACUCCAUCUCAUCAGCAAGUGAAGAAAAAGUUUGUGAAGCAAUGUUGUGUCCGUUGCGUGCAAGAGAAGGAACAUGUCGAUGGCCUGAUGCGGGUUGUUGUGCUCAGACCGGGAGCCAAUUUGUUGGGUUGAAAGCCAACUUCGAGGCGUUUGAUAAACUCUCUAUCUACGACAGCUACUUCACAGCUGAAUGA